CUCUCCUGAUCUCCUCCGCCGUCUCCUCCGCCGUCUCCUCCUCCCGACUUGAUCUUCAUGGCUGCCACACAACAACAACAACAACCCAACUCCUCCUCCUCCUCCUCCUCUCUCCGCCGUUCCCUGUCAGACUCCAACACGCGCCGCCGCCAACGCCGCCGUGGCAGCAUCUCCACAGCCUCCUUCUCCUCAAAAUCCUCCUGGUCCUCAAAGCUAGCCAAACUCCUAGCCCGUCUCAACCUCUUCUCCCGGAACUCCGACUUGACGGAAGAAACCCUCCAAGCCCAUAACGAACGAAUCGACGACCUCGAUAAAACCCCCCUUAAAUCCAGCCCUUAUUACCGCGGCCUCACUGACUCCUCCCUCGCCAUCAAUUACCACCAUGGCCCACUCACCACCACCCACGUCACCACCACUGGUCCCCACCACUACGCCAGCUCAACAACCACGGCCCAAACUCAAACCUCUCUCUCAUACGCCGUCGUUUCAAAACUCAAGGAGUGGGCCCCAUGCCUUAUAGGAAAACCCAAUACGAAGCCGCCAGCUCAUAAUCAACACGAAACUCCAAUGACGACAACAGUUGUGGGUAAAACGACGUCGUUGGUUGCUUCGUCGUCUCCGGAGAAGAUUGAGAGGUGGGCGACGGAGAAGGAAGAGAAGCUGUUGAGGGAGAGAUUAGUAAUGUACGGGCGGAGAGAGGGAGGGAGUGGAGUGGGGGUAGACGGCGGAGGAGAGGCGGCGGAGAAGGAGAGGUACACGUGGGGGGAUAAAUACAGGCCAAAAGUGCUGGAGGAUUUUAUAUGCAAUCGGAAAACGGCGUGUGAGUUGAAGAAAGUGGUGGAGGAGAAGGGAUGUGGGCAUUAUAUAUUCGAAGGACCGCCGGGAGUUGGGAAAAGGACGAUGAUUCAAGCUAUGCUCAGACAGGCUUUCGGCGAACAAGCAAUGGAGGUCAAGGAAGUUGAUAGAGUUUUUGCCUUGAAGAGUGAAAUGGUGGGGAGCAUUGAAGUAAAGGUGAAGGAAUCAUCCCACUGUGUGGAAGUCAAUCUCUCACAAACCAAAGGCUUUGAGAAACAAGUCAUUGACCAGCUCAUCAAAGAAACUCAAUCCCCUUUGCCAUGUAAUCAUGCCAGAUGUCGAGGGAUAUUGUUAUGUGAAGCAGAUCAGCUAUCAAAUGAAACCCUAAUGUACGUAAAAUGGGCAAUUGAGAGGAACAAAGGGUGCAGCAAAAUCUUCUUCUGUUGCUCUGAUGUCUCUAAGCUUCUUCUUCUUAGCUCUUUCUGCACUCACGUUCAUCUCUCCCCACCUUCAAAGCAAGAGAUGAAAACUAAAAUAGGAGGUGAGGGUAUGAAUGAGAAAGGCUUCCUCGUCGACGUCACUGUCCUACAUAGAUGUGGUCUAGUGUUGUUAUGA